GUGGAAGGGAGAGCUCAGGGCAGGGCCUGGGGCCUUUCACCAUCGGGCACAUGGCAGUCCGUGUCCCUCAGGAAGAUCCCCACCUGUCUCGUGAUCUUUUUAUUUUUCCCCUUGAAUGUGCAGUUUCCUUGAAGCAAGGAUGGGGGAAACGUACUUUCUCCCGUCCUUGAGGUACUGCUGUCUGUAAGCCUGGGGCUUUCCUAAUGAACCUCAGGUAAAACCCACCCUCAGUGCUGCACCAUGUGGGUGCUCGGGGAGCUGUGUUGGCACCCCCCGCCUUCUGCUGAGCUGCCGCUGAGCCUUUAAGGCUGGAAGGGCUGCGUGUGCCGUGCUCUGGUCGCUUUGUUUGUGUGUCCUUAUAGAAAAGAAGUCCUUGGUCAUUGUUCGAACUCACUGCCAGUGUUCCUUUCCAUUGCCCCCAGCACGUCCAACCAGAGGAAGGCAUUUCUGCAUUUUUACUAACUCUUUUCUAUUUGUUUUGCAAGCCACUUCCACUUCCCCUUAACUCUUGCAAAAGCAUCACCAUAGCUGCCAGAGCAGCAGUGUGGCGCAGCCAUCAGGUUGGAGCCCUCCUGCCCAGCCUGGUGCCCACAUGGUGCUGUGUUUAUUAGGGCUGCCAGGUGCAUGAAGCCCGGUACUCUUGUGUGGGGUGAAUUCAGCAUUGCCAAAAAAGAAAAACCAAAGAAACAAUAAUAAUAGUGCAAAGAGAGUUAUUGUGACAGACUGAAGUGGCUCUGUGGGGCUCAUUGGACAUGAAAGUAAUUUCAGCUCCCAUUGAUUAUUCGGCAGUAAUAGGAACGCUGACUUGAGCCUGUCUGUUCUGUGUUUAUUGAUGCAGACGGCUCAGGCAGAGUUCAUUGGAAGGCAAUUAAUCAUGAUGCUAUCCCUGAGAAAUACCUCAUCACUCAAUUGCCUCCAUACAGAGACACAGGAAUGUGCUGCGUGGAAAACCAAGGCAGAACCAUCCAUCCCCAAACGCGGCAUCCACUGGAAGGAGGCCAGGGGGCUUCUCCCUCUUGGAUCCCCAGCUCAGUAAUACCUGAGGCGUCAGCUCUCGCAGCACACAGAGAGAAGGGACGGAAACAUGACUGCACAUCAUUGCUAACCAACCCUGAAAGGGUCAUCCCAGGCUCGGGAAGCCCCCAGGAUGCCAUGCUGGUGAGCAGCACGGGCAGAGCUCCUGUGGCACAGCUUGGAGCAUGCUGGCUGCCAGCUCUGUUCUUUGUCCCUGGUGGGUGAGAGCUCACAGGGACGUUCCCUGUGCCUGCCCUCGCAGCAGGCUGUGCCACGGCAGGGUGCUGCCUGAGGAAGGACAAAACAAUCUGCCUUCCGGCAGCGUGUUCUCAAAGAGCUUAAAGUAGUUCCUGUGUUUGUCAGAGCUGAGGUUUCACAGCAGGCUGAGUCAUAGGCUAUGGCCAAACAGCCCUUAUGUCACCUGAACAGCAACCUCUUACCCCUUAAGUCCGUGAAGUGGGCAGCACUUUCUCUACACCUCUGCUUCCGAGGAGUUGCAGUGCUUGUUCCCUGGUGUUCCCAGUGUGUUUGGGGGCAGGAUGCCCCGCACCCAUCUUUCUCCAGAGGGCUGCAGCAGGAUCCUUCCUCCCUCUGGCUCUAUAUCCCAAACGUUGGCUCCUGGCGUGGCUUUCUGGAAGUGGUUUAGUGGGUAACUUCUAUUUGAUUCGUGUUCUCCUAUGAGCUGCAUGCCCCACUGCUGUCCCUGCACAGACCUGUCAGCCUGUGUCUGUGCAGGGCAUUGAUUUGCCAAAAGGCACAUGGGGCCAGAAGGGCAUUUCGGGUUUUAAAUGCCAGCACUGUAAUGAAUCCAGCUACAGCUCAGCAGCACAUCCUGGGCACUAUGCUGGCAGCUGUCUGCUCUAUAUUUUGUGCUAAUUAGCACUCCAGGGACAAGCAGUCCGUGGCAUUAAAAUGCCCCGCAGUGGAGGAGAUGCAUGGUGGAAGUGGGUUAUUUUUUUUUGUAUUUACCUAUUUUUAUUUUUCACUGACCAGCCGUGGGUCGCAGACUGGCACCAAACAGUUUGUGUUGCUCUGGAGCUCACCAGCUUGGUUCUUCUUUCUCUUCAGCCCACAAAUUUCAUAGGAAAAUCUGCUGGUCUGGGAAAUGCUAAUUCAUCAGAGUGUGCAUUUUGGGGUAUUUGGGGCAGGAAAUGAAACUCCCUCCUCAUCUCUGCAUUCUCUAGGGGUCAUUUCGAAUGCUGUGGCUGUCUAACAAACUCACUGCUGGUGACUCAACCUAGGGUACUCUCGAGUCAUCUUGGUUUCCUCUUCCUCUCUAUUACUGUCUUUAAAUCCCAAAGAAAUGAAAAGACAAGGAAAAUAGCUAUCGGGAGAGAAGUUCCCAUUUCCCUCGCUGCAAAAUGAGGGCUCCCACCCCACAGCAGCUCCUGGUGGAGGUGAAGCUGUAGAGAUGCAAUUGUCUCCUUCUGGCUCUCAGAGAGCAAGCAGUGGAUGCUGCCUGCCCAAGCCUGGCGCUGCAUCCCCCUGCUGUAAGGAGUAAUGCCCGGCCAGCAGCUCACAGGCUGGAGGUGCAGGUUGCUUCUGUGUGACUGCUGCUUUAGCUUUUUGUGGCUGGAACAAUCUGUAUUUUGCUUUGUGCUGAUGUCUUGGAGCAGGCUAUGACUUAUUGCACAAGGACGAGUAGAAAUCAGAAAAGGCCUUUAAGCCCUAAAGCACCAUUGCUCGCCUCAGAUGUCUGAAACUGGCUUGCAGAGAUAGCAGUACAAGCAUUUGGCGUAUUUAGCAUCCAAACAAACCUUCCUGGAAGAAUAUCUCUGUUCUAAUAUGCUGUAUGCAGGAAAAUCCUAGCUGAGAAGCUGGAGGAAAUUGCCAGAUGUGAGUUACAGAGACCGCACAGCACGCUUAGCCAAAACUUCACAUUGCCUGUAUGCGUCUGGCUGCUGCAGUGCAGGGCUGUGUCACACACACUGCCUGCUGAUGGGGGACAGCUGUCCCUCGGCUGCUGCAGGGCAGGCACGGUGGGAGCACAGAGGGCUGUGUUGGGGCUUGGCAAGAUCGUGGGCAGCUCAGAAGGGGUCAGCAGUGCUGCCUGGUGGGGUGUGGGUGCUCUCAGUGUGUGGGGAGCGGUCUCCUCAUCAUGCUGGAGGAGCUUUGUUGUAGUGAAAGCCAACUUGUGCAGCUCAUGGGAUGCUGUCCCUUGCAAAACUGCAACCCCGGUGUCUGCCAGGACGCAGCAGUGGGCACAAAAGUGCUCUCAUUCAGCUCGGUCCUUAUUCAUGGGGAAGGUCAGCAGCAGAUCACACUGUGGGUAUCUGUAAGGUCCCAGAAUUGCUGUUCUAACACUUAAGAGAACUCGUGGCCUGUGCCAAAGCCACAUGGACCUCACGGCCCUUCCUGCUGGCCUCGGGUGUGAUGCGGUGAGGCGCUGCGCAGGGCUGGGCAAGUCAAGGAGAAAACAGCUCUUGCUCUGCGGUUCUGCCACCAGCAGAGUGACUUCACCCAGUGCAUGUUUGGACUGAAAGCGAAGCAGUGUGCUGACAGGCUCAUAUCUAGAGAGGAAGCCGUAUCUGGAGGUUGCCGGGCUACUCACUGUUAGUAACACGGGUGGCGAUGAAUAAGAUCAGAUCGCGGACUGCGAUUGCACCCCCGCCCACAGCCUGCUUUGCAGAACUGUGUCCUCCAGGCCUACGUGCACAGCCUCUGCAAUGCACAGCCCUGUGCCAGCUGGGGCUGGGUGCUGGGACUGUAGGGACCACGUGCCUGGGGAGGGUGAGCAGCCUGGGCCAUCAGGGCCGCCGCUCCCUUGGCGGUAGGCUGAGCCCCUGGGGCUCCGUGGGUGCCUUUAGGGCCCCUGAGUCCUGGUCUGGGCCCCGCUGGUGGGCCCGUGCAGUAGCUGGCGUCCAAGGGAAGCCCCACCUUGUCUCACAAUAUUUACUUUCCCUCCUUGGCUUCCUCCCAGGGCGGUAAGUGCAGAGCAAACAUGGUGGGGCUCUUGGUAUGGAGCUUGGGAAGCACCGUGCAUUCCCUGUGCUUGCUUUUGCCCCAGCACUUUGCCCCAGCCUGCCUGCUCUCCUCUGGUAGCUGCUGGCAUCUUAAGACACAAACUGGAGGGGAAAAAAUCCCCACAGACCCAACAAAAAAUGAUUUUCUUCUGAAACCAGCAUGAGCUGCUGUCCUGUACUUGGGCAGCAGGCCCGGGUGGAAAUGGGUUUGCCCCUUGUGGUAAAGACAUAGAGAUUUGUGCCAACCAGUGUGAAUUCAGCAGUCAGGACCCCCUUAUUUCCCCUCUCUCCGUUAUAUGGCUUUCCCCUCAUUCCCUCCUCCUCCCACAGCCUGGCUGGUAAUACACAGCAACAUUCUCACCUAAGCCUUGUAAAACACUCCAGCAGGGCUCAUGGUGUUUACACUAGGAAUUAAUCCUGCUGUAAGCUCCCACGUAGGUCUUGUAGACGCAGAUAGAUAAACCACAAAGCAGUAAGAAACGUCCCAACUGCUCCUUCAGCGUGAGCAUCCCCACCAUGACUUCUGCCUUGGGAAGCAGUUGUGAUCCUAGGAGGAGCAGCAUGGAGGAGGGAUGGGGAGUAGAAAAUGGGACUGAGCUGAAGUCAUGCUGCAAGAGCUCCCCCGUGUCAGUGGAGGAGCGGUGUGUGAGCUAAUGGGGAUUUCUCCUGUUCCUCAGCCUGCUGAUUCAGUGCGCUUCUGGGAAUGGCAUUCAGCUCCUGAGUCAACGGCUCCAUCUCGCCCCCUCACCCAGCCCGUGACACCCUGAUAGCAGAGCUCUUUGUACAGACUGUCUUGCAAACACACCCUUUUUUGCAUUUGGUUGCAAAUUUUUGCAGAAGUUGUGUAAAUUUCCAACUGCAAAAUGCUAAUUGGCCCUGACAGUCGUGGGGCAAGCAAACGGACAUCAGUUGGAGGACACCCAAAUGGUUGCAGUGCAUGGUGCCUCAUGCUGCAUUAGCAGCCUUCUUCGGGUGCAUAGCAUCUACAGGCAGAGCAGUUCCUAUGCAGCUGUUGGUGCUCCCUUUCUAGGCAGUGAGUGAUGCUUGUGGAAGGGAGGUUGGAGGUGAUGGAGCUCACUAACCCUGUGUUGCCAACCCUUAGAAGAGCAGAGUUGUUCUCCCCCAGAAAGCAAGGGGAAAGUCAGCAAGGUUUCCCAAGCAGCAGGACAAAGGUUUGGACGUAUUUCUAGGUAUGAGGUGAAGCAGGUUACAAUAAACAGGUUAAUGGGACUGUGUGAAAUAGCACGGCAACCUGCUGAGUGUAUUUCUCUUACUGUGGUCUGAACAGCUCACAGGAAUGGUGGACAGCCUUCAGAAAUAGAGAUGCAUCCUUCUUGGAUCCGUACCUGCUGAGGACAUCCCAAUGUUUCCGCUGUGCACUGCAGAAAACUGUCCUGGCUAAGAAUAAGGAAACCGGUGCCUUAGCAGCUGCCAAAGUCAUUGAAACCAAGAACGAAGAUGAACUGGAGGAUUACAUGGUGGAAAUCGAAAUACUGGCAACCUGCGAUCACCCGCACAUCGUCAAGCUGCUGGGAGCCUUUUAUUGGGAAGGCAAGCUGUGGAUCAUGAUCGAGUUUUGCCCCGGCGGGGCGGUGGAUGCCACCAUGCUGGAGCUGGACCGGGGCCUGACCGAGCCCCAGAUCCAAGUGAUUUGCCGCCAGAUGCUGGAAGCUCUCCACUACCUUCACAGCAAGAAAAUCAUCCACCGGGACCUGAAGGCUGGCAAUGUGCUCCUCACACAGGAUGGGGACAUCAAGCUGGCUGACUUUGGAGUGUCUGCCAAAAACGUGAAAACCUUGCAGAAGCGAGACUCCUUCAUUGGCACCCCUUACUGGAUGGCCCCGGAGGUGGUGAUGUGCGAGACCAUGAAGGACACUCCGUACGACUACAAAGCAGACAUCUGGUCCCUGGGAAUUACGCUGAUCGAAAUGGCCCAGAUUGAGCCGCCCCAUCAUGAGCUCAACCCCAUGAGAGUCCUGCUGAAGAUCGCCAAGUCUGACCCUCCCACACUCAGCUGCCCUUCCAAAUGGUCCCUGGAGUUCAGAGACUUCCUGAAGACAGCGCUGGACAAGAACCCUGAGACCCGACCCAGCGCAGCCCAGCUGCUCGAGCAUCCCUUCGUUAGCAAGGUGACCAGCAACCGAGCCCUGCGAGAGCUGGUGGCUGAGGCUAAGGCAGAGGUGCUGGAGGAGAUCGAGGACAGCCGGGAUGAGGCAGAGGAUGAUGACUCGUCCGAGUCAGCCUCGCUGCCUGGAAAGCACAAGCGAGACCCCUCUGAAGUGAGUCAGCUAAGUUUUGAUGGGGACAAACCUCCAGACUCUUCCUCACUCAAGACAACUAAUGGUCCUGUAGCGACUGAGAAGGAGAUGGUGAAUGGACAGAGUGAUAAAGUCUUGGAUGAAAGGAUAAGCAGUGACAGUGACAAGCUGGUGAAUAGCCACUCCACUAAAACCCUUGCCAGCUCCGGCCCAGAUGAAGGGAAAGCCACCCCUGGCAAACCAGACAUCAUCUCGCUGUCUGGACGGCGGGGUAGUUCAGCAGAGGGGGAUAAGCAGCCCAUGCCAGGCAGCAAGGAGAGGAGGAGCAUGGUGGACCGACCAGAGAGCAGCCACCUGGAAAACUUCCCGGAGGAGAAACUUGCCAAUGGAAGCUUGGAUUCGUCAGCAGUGUUCCCUGGCAGUCGGUCCAAAGGGGACUCAGAUUCUGGCAGCACAUCAGCCUCAGAGAGUAUGGACCUCACCAUCUCCCUGUCUGCCGACCUGUCGCUCAACAGAGAGAGUGGUUCCAUCUCCCUGAAGGAUUCCAGGAUGCACAACAAGACCCUGAAACGCACCCGCAAGUUUGUGGUGGAUGGAGUGGAGGUGAGCGUCACCACCUCGAAGAUCAUCAGCGAGGAUGAGAAGAAGGAUGAAGAGAUGAGGUUUCUCAGGCGCCAGGAGCUGAGGGAGCUGCGUCUGCUUCAGAAAGAGGAGCACCGAAACCAGGCCCAGCUCAACAGCAAGCACCAGCUGCAGCUGGACCAGAUGCUCCGGCGCUUCGAGCAAGAGAUGACUGCUAAGAAGAAGUUCUACGACACCGAACUGGAGAACCUGGAGCGGCAGCAGAAGCAGCAGAUUGAGAAGAUGGAACAGGAUCACUCGCUGCGCCGUCGGGAGGAGGCCAAGCGCAUUCGCUUAGAGCAGGAACGGGACCACGUGAAGUUCAUGGAGCAGCUGAAGCAGAAGAAGAAGGAGGUCAAGAAUGAGGUUGAAAAACUGCCACGGCAACAGCGCAAAGAGAACAUGAAGGUGAAGAUGGAUGACUUUGCCCAAAGAAAACAAACCAUGGAACAGGAUUUCUUGGCCAAGCAGAAGGAAGACCUGGAGCUAGCCAUGAAGAACAUAACUGCCCAGAACAAAAAAGAGAUCUGUGACAAGGAACGCGAGUGCCUGAACAAAAAGCAGCAGCUCAUGAGAGACCGAGAGGCAUGCAUCUGGGAUCUUGAGGAGCGUCAGCAGCAGGAGAAGCACCAGCUUAUCAAGCAGCAGCUAAAAGACCAGUAUUUCCUCCAGAGGCAUGAGUUGCUCAGGAAGCAUGAGAAGGAAAGGGAGCAAAUGCAGCGAUACAACCAACGUAUGAUAGAGCAGCUGAAAAUUCGGCAGCAGCAGGAGAAAGCUCGGCUCCCCAAAAUCCAGCGGAGUGAAGGGAAAACACGCAUGGCCAUGUACAAGAAGAGCCUGCACAUCCACUCCAGUGGAAGCGCAGCUGAGCAGCGGGAGAAGAUAAAGCAGUUUUCUCAGCAGGAAGAGAAGAGGCAAAAGGCAGAGCGGCUGCACCAGCAGCAAAAGCACGAGACACAGAUGAAGGACAUGCUAGCCCAGUGUGAAAGCAACACAAAUGAGCUCCAGCAGCUGCAGAAUGAAAAGUGUCACCUCUUGAUUGAACACGAAACGCAGAAACUUAAGUCCCUGGAUGAGAAUCACAACCUGCACAUGAAGGAGUGGCGGGACAAGCUGAGGCCACGGAAGAAGGCCCUGGAGGAUGAGCUGAACCAGAAGAAGCGUGAGCAGGAGAUGUUUUUCAAGCUGAGUGUGGAGGCAGAUGAACAGACCCCAGCAUCCCCAACCAAACACACCAAGUUCAUCCCCUUCAGCUCCACAGAGAGCUCAUAACCCUGUGGCUGGCAGGACACCAGCUGGGCCUUGCUGCAUCCUCCUGGGCUGCAGUGGGGCAUCUUGGACUUGGAAGACUCUCAGCAGCCUCUUCUCACAGCACCCGCCUGCCCCUGUGCUGUCUCUAUGAGAAACGUGCCUUUGUCCUUCACUGGGAGAUGCUAUUGGAUGUUUUGGAGGGUUUUCCAGAGUCUGGCCCGCUCAGCAGAGCUCAUGACUGGGGAGGACAGUUUCUGUGGUUUACUUGCACUGUUAGCUGAAUGCAUUGCCUGUGCUGUGAGCCUGGUGCUCAGCGGGCUCAUCAGCUGGAACUGAAGAAUAGCAGCCCUGAGCAGGAGCAGCAGGCAGGGCCUCGAGCACACUGCCAGUGGUUAGGCUGCUCCUCUCAGUCCCCUGUAACCAGCCAGCCUGGGACAAAGCAUCCCUGGUGAUGUCUUAUGCAAGCCUUGGCCUUGUGGCCCCCCCACUUGCCUUAGAUUUGUUUGUAUCUGCCAUGGCCCUCUUUGUCUCAAGGGAGACACUGAUGUGGAUUUUUUUCCUUUUAGGAGAGAGAGUUGGGUUCCUCUUUUCCUCCCAGCACAGACUGUGAAGAAAAGGGACCUGCUGGGCACCCUGUCGGAGUGCCUUCAGUUUUUCAUUGUCAUUUCAUUUGCUGUGAUUGCAGGCACCACAGUCCCUCUGCACCUGGCUAACAUUAUCUUCUCGGGCCCCAGACUUGCAGCUGAUAACAUGGGGCUCAUCACUGAACCUCUCAACUGCCUGCAGGUUUUCGUCUCUUGAAGUGCGUGUGCACGUGGGACUUUGUAAUGGUGUUCAGUCCCAUGGUGAUGCAGCGAGGGGUUGGCCACAGGGUGUUACUGCAACAGCUCUCAUGGUCACACAUGUGCCUGAGGCUUUUUUUAUGUGCCAUAUAUGUGUGGGCUGUGUAAGUCAGCCACUCUGAAGUCAGGGUCACAGGAAGAAGCAAAGGAGUCUUGAAACAAGGGAUGCAAGGGAAGAGGAGAUGCAAAGACAGGUCACGAUGGCUUGUUACCUUGUUUUAUCUCCAAGUGCCACGGUCUCUUGGAUGAUUCUCCUGACCUUCAGCUUAGCGUCAGGCUGCAGAGAGGCAGAGCAGCAGCGGGCCCAGCCUUCCACCCCUCUGUUCUGUGGCGAUGUCUCAGGUAGGUGCUGCUCUACAUCAGCACAAAGCACUGCGUGGCUGAGCUCUGGGUGGGACCCGGAGCACGGAUCUGGGAAAGGGAGCAGAGACCUCACUGAGCGAGGCCCUCUUCAUGCAAUGGCAGUGACCAAAGGGUGUAUGGUAGCACUUGGGUUUUUCUCUCUUUGAUGUCUGGACAAUUGUUUUGUGCAAGAAUAAAUGUCCCUGCUAAAAAAAAUAACUAUUAACACGUAUCGGUUUGGAGAUGUACUGCCAUUUCAGGGCAAGGUGCUGUGUGGCAUGCUACACUCCCAGCUCCCUAGCUGAAGGAGUCGGCCCCCAGGUUUUUCCCACAUCUUUAUCUGAGGAGUGCAUUCACUACCCGUUUAGAGUUCAUAAUGUGCUUCCCACAAACGAGCAAGACUAUGUUCAUUUGGGCCAUUCCAAGAUUCUUCUGAAUCCACAUCAUUAAUGUCUUAAUAAACAGAGCCUAGAGAUGUAAGGGCUGGGUCCCUUUGCAAGCAGUCUGCGUGGUGACUUUGCAGUGAAUAGGCUGUCCUAGGGAGACUGCAUGCCCCAUUUCCAAAAGCAUUGGCUGUGCCUUUCAGAUACAAUGACAGAACCAGUUUGGGACAUAAAAAUGAAAUGAUCCUGAACCAGGAUGAUGUGUUUGUUUCAGCCUUUUAGUUGCAAUAGAAAUGUACAAUAACAGCCCCAGUGGUUUAGUUCCCUGCCCCGCUGGGGUCAGGCUGGAGAUGUUCUGUAAGGUGGUGGUUGUUGCAGGAAAUCAGUACCUGGUGUGUGGCUUUUGGUUCAGUAUGUGUGAGCUGCAGAAGGAUGUCUUGCAGCACAGUGUUGCUACCAUACCUUGUCCAGCUGAAGCAGCCUGCAGCCCCUCUGACUGCCUUCUUGCACCAACCCAGGAGUGUCAGUUCUCUCUGAAUACUGUGCAGCUGUGGGGAUGGAUGGAGACUAUUUUAAAGAGCUGGUUAGAUUCCCCUGAGGGAAAUUGGUUGUGACUUCUUCCAUUGCAGCUAACUCCCAGCCUGGAGUUAGCAGCGUGCUUUUGCUUCUGCUAAUGGAGAAUGGGAAUGGUUUUGUCCCCUGCCUGUUCUGCUCCUUCUCCAGGUGUGUUGGGGCUCUGGCACCAAACCCUCUCCAUGCAGAGGGCAUCUGACAAUUGCCAUGUUUACAGGGAGGUUCGUUUGCCUCCCUUUAAGAAGAGGAUGUUUUGUUGUUUCCUGUUCAGAAGUAGCCACAAACACAUUUUUUUGGGGGGGGUGCGGAGCCACUUUUUAAAAUGUGGCUUUGAAUAAAGAGAUUUUUAAAAUGUUUUGGAAAACAUCUUCAGUGGAGUCAUCACUGUGAUGUGAAGAGCCUUCUAAUAAAGUAACAGACCGAGAAA